AGCUCCGAGGAGACCGGUGUACGUGUAUUCUCCGUUUCCUCCGCCAACUAAUUUGAACCUUAUCCAAAUUCCAAACUCCGAACUCAACCAAAACUGUGAUUUCUUUAUCAACCCAAUACAACGUUUCAAUUAUCAGCAUACAGAGUGUAACAAUCCUUUUUCUCUGAUAUAUUUCUGUUAAAUCUUGUAUUUAACUAAAAUUAUAAAGUAUUCAUCAUAAAACAGUGGACCGGAAAAACCACAUAUCAGCUUUAUAUAUGUGUGUUGAUGCUGUUAUAAAGCAAAUAGCUUGACCGGUAGCUUGAAAAUCAGCGAUAUAGAGUGAAAUAGAUGAACUAAAGAUCUGCAGCAGAAGAUGAGAGGAUGAGAGAAUGAAAGACUGUGUGGUUUUGUAUGAGAAUGUACGGGAACUGUUUUCUUCAACUUGUAUCCAGUAUCAUUCUAGUUACAUCAGGUGGAGUGCAGGGGUCCCCAAUAGGGGAGAGGGGAUCUGGCCCCUACUAAGAAAUGAAGAUCAGACUGAUUGCACUCUCACUCUUGUUUAUACUAAUAGCUCCAGUAAACCCCUACAUCAUGCUAUCAACUAAGCUGACCUGCUUCUCUGAGGCCCAGGGGGAUAAGAGUAAGGAUUGCGACAAAACUAGAGGAUUCAGAACAUGCUUUACCAGAUACGAUAGUAACGAGAAGGUUACUGGAAGGGGUUGCUCAACAAAAAAGUCUAGCUUCAAGGAGUGUGAGACGCACAGCUAUGGAGAGGUUACGGAAAAGUUUUGCUACUGUACUGAGCAUCAUUGUAAUCAAUCCAAUUCAUUUCAACCAUCCUCCCUCAUCAUUGUACUCUCCCUUUUCUUUAUCCUUACCUUUCCAUUCCAUUGCAGCAACCCUAGUCAGUCCCAUAUCAACAGCAGUACACAACACAACUCAAGGCAUCUAGUGACCAAAUCUAGAACUUCUAAUUUCAAAAUGGCCGCAAGAACGGAAAGCUUAGAACAGCUGCUCGUGCUUCAGUGAAGAAUGCACACAAGCACUAGUGAUUUAAGAAAAGUUAGAUUUUGUUUAAAACAGAAACAACCAAUGCCGAUAAAGAUCAAGUUAGAAAAUAUUUUUUUGUGUGUGUUAACCUUUGUGAAUAAAUAUAUCUCAAUUCUUGAGAACUUUAAAGAGA